AUGGUAACGAUAGAGAGCAACACCCUCAACCAAGCUCAAAUUUUCAUGUUCGCCAACGGCCGUCAUGAAAACUAUUUCCUAUCCGAAGUCAAUGAUGACUUUUUCGAAGAAACUGGUACCAGAAAAGUGUAUAUCGAUAGCUACGCUUAUUCCGAAUUUAAAGAAGCGCACGAGGGCUAUAACAGCAACAAAUUCGAGGAGGAAAUCGAGUAUCUGGCAAAAAUUGGAAACGGGGAUGUCUAUGAGCUCGAGAUGGAGCUGGAGGGUUGCCAGCGAGCAGCGAUUAUUGAGGAUCAUUUAAUCCAAUACCUACGCCCCGUGAUUUGUACCUUACAACUUACUCGAAAUUUCCGGGUCUCGAUACCGAGCCCUUUUAUCGCGUUCGUCCAAGAUAAUAUAUUUUUCAUGUCGUCGCAUGAGAGUUCGGCCAGGAAAUGUGAUAUGAAAGUUAAGACGAAUCUGGCGACAUUGAUGGAGUUCUACAAAGUAUUACGGAAGGUAAAACUUUAUGGCGAUGGCUGGUUGACCCAGAGUUGUGAUAUUGGCCCUUCUGAUAAACCGCGGAUUAUUUCUGCCCUGUCGAAGUCAAUGACAUUAAUGAAAGACGACGCCGAUCUGCAGCGAAAGAUGCAGCAGCAACCCGCCACCGCCGACCCUGCCCUGGUCACGACGCUCCAGCAGGCCUCCACCACCACACCGCAACAAGUCGGAAAUGCUGCCGCCUUUCCGCAGUACGUCAUCCCCGGGCCAACGAAAGCCGACACAAAGUACCAGCAGCUCGUCUUCUUGAUCAACGAAAUCGGCAAGGAUCUUCCCCAAAUGUACAACGGCAGCAAACACUGCAGCGAGAAGGUGAAGCGCUACCUGGUACACGCGAGGAUAUUGGCCCGUGAAUGCAUGAUGGAGGCCGACCGCGAGCGCGCCAAGAUGACCACCGGAUCUUCU